CAGUUAAAAUCGAAGCGUUCGACGCAACGGAACGCGAUCCAGAGAGCGAGGUCUGGAACUAUCCAGAGAUCGCCAGAAAUACAACAGAAAUACAACAGACAAAAUACAGCGACAUUGACAUUCAAGCGGGCGUUAAUUGCUGACUCCCUACUUACCAUCCACCACCCCACCCAACGAUCGAGCAAACGGGCGGGUCAAGUGCUGUCAAUUGGGAGUGUCAGGUGGUGGCAGCCAUGAGGCAACUGCCGCUACUGCUCUGGUUCUCCUCACUGUGGCUGUGGCUGAGUCUGGUCAGAGGCGACACCAUUUGCGGCUCCCUGGAGCUGAACAAGGUCGCCGACUUUCAGAAACUCCAAAACUGUACACACGUGGUCGGUCACGUAAGGAUUGCGUAUGUGGACGUGGACGUGGACAAUGCCAGCCUGGAAGUGCAACUACUCGCGAGCAAUGUCACGGAAAUCAGCGACUAUCUGAUGGUGUAUCGCUGCUCGGGGCUGCUCACACUGGAGGCGAUAUUUCCUAAAUUGCGCAUCAUUCGGGGUCAGGCCUUGCUCUUCGAUCAAUAUGCGCUCGUCGUCUACGAGAAUCGAGAUCUGCGGGAAUUGGGCUUGGUCGAGCUGUUGCGCAUUCAGAGCGGUCUCAUACGCAUCGAAACGAAUCCGAUGCUGUGCUUUGUGGAGACCGUGGACUGGAUGCAUCUCCUGAGCAAUGGCACCCAGCAGCAUUUUUCGCUCAAGCAUAACAAACCUCCGAGUCAUUGUCCUGUGUGCGGAGGAUUGGCAGCUGACUAUGCCUUCCGCCGGAAUAUCUCUGAUUUCUGCUGGAACAUAAACACCGCCCAGAUACGACUCACGCCUCCACGCCUCAAGGGCUGCCCGGCGACCUGUGGCCUCAAUGGGUGCGACAAUGCGGGAAAUUGCUGCCAGAACAGUUGCGUCACGGAAUGCUCGGAUCAGAACUGUACGCUGUGCGGCAACUAUCGGAGCAAGGGCAAAUGUGUGGAUCAGUGUGUGGUCAGCUACGAGCUGCAUAAGCGGCAGUGCAUCAGCCACAAGGAGUGCCGUCAGCUGGGCAUGAUACCGCUCAUUAGCGGCUAUCGCUGUGUGGAGCAAUGUCCCCCCAAUCAGAAGGAAGUUCGCGAUUCGAAUGGACUGGUCAAUUGUCAGGUGGAGUGCAAGGGUGUGUUUCAUGUGAAAAGUGGAGCGGACCUGGCAUCCCUGCAGGAUUGUGCGACCAUCAAUGGAUCACUAAUCAUCGAAUUAACUUCCAUAAAGGAGAAAAUUGUGGAUGCUUUGGAGAGGGCAUUGGGUAAUCUGAAGGAAAUCACUGGCUAUCUGAAGGUCUUGCACUCAGCCCAGCUGAUGUCUUUGUCGUUUCUGCAGAAGUUGGAUGUAAUACGCGGUGAUCAGCUGAUUGAAAACAAAUAUGCCCUCUAUGUGGUGAACAACUAUCACCUGGAGAAUAUUUGGCCACGCAAUCACCAGGUGCUCGUUCAACGGGGUGCCAUCUUCUUUCACCUGAACCCUCGCCUCUGCUACGAAAAGAUUCUGCAGCUGGAGCCAUCGCUGAAGAGUGUGCAAAGGAUAUCCGUGGCAGAUGUCUCGCCCAACUCGAAUGGCGAGCGCAUCAUUUGUGGCGACGCAGUGCGAACGUUGAAGCCAGUUGUCGAUGAUUUGAGCGCCACAGCGGUGCGCAUUAAGUUGGACUACAUGGACUGGGAGGGCAUGGAGACAUUGAUUGGCUAUUCCUACUACUACAAGGAAGCUCCAGACCAAAAUGUGACCAUGUACGAUGGACGACAUGGCUGCGGGCACGACAACUGGCUCAUGGAUGUGUCGGCCACCAAGAGUCGGCGUCAUGUUAUUUCCGGCCUUAAGCCCCACACGCAGUAUGCAUAUUUCGUGAAGACUCUCACGCGCACCGACUAUCACAUGCAGAUCGAUGCGUAUUCACAGAUCUGCUACUUUCAAACGCUGCCGGACAAACCCAGUCCCGUGGCCAGGAUCUAUGGCAGUUCGGAGCUCAGCACACAGAUUCUGCUUCAUUGGUGGCCACCGCGUCGUCCCAAUGGCAACAUCAGCCACUACUAUGUGACCUAUGAGCUGCACAAUCUGACCAAAGCAGAGCAGGGCAAAAACUAUUUGAACCCGAGGCCCACUGAUAUGAGCGCCUUGGACUGCCAGUGCGAUGAUGUGGUGCCCUACGAUUCGGGGCCACCGCCAGACGAUGAGGAUUACUACAACAAGGAGCAGAUCACCUACGAAGAUGCCUUGCCCAAUCUAAUCUAUGUUUCACGUCGCCAGGAGCAGCCAAAGCGAGAUAAGUUCGACAAAGUAAUUGACUUUGAUGAUCUGAAGGCUGGCGUGAAGAAGAAAGAACCACAGCCAACGAUCCAACCAACAUCAACAACAACCACUCCAGCGCCCAGCAAUCUAACCAUUAAUCUGGAAAAGCUGGCUGCCAUGCAGUACGAGCUGUAUCGAAACAUAAGCGAGCAGAAGCAACGUUCAGUUCAGGAUCUGGAUAUCGGCCGUUUGCAAAUCCCGCAUGCCGUGAAAAAGUGCCACGAUGCCCAUGCCUCUGUCGGCCAGAUGGUGGAGGAGAAAUGUACUAUCGAGGAGGAGAUCAGCGGCAUCAAAUUGCCAGGCACUCAGCACUACUAUUACCUAAAGGAACUCAGGCCAGAGUCCUUCUACCGUGUUACGGUACGAGCCUGCGUCGAUGGUGUGAUCAACGGUUGCUCCCAUCCAACGGAGGCCCUGGUCAAGACCACCAGCCUGCGUGUGGAGCAACUGAUGAAGAGCACCUAGCCAUUCGAGCAAAAACGCGUAUAUGUAUGGACAAUUUCUGUGGGAAAAGAAAGCUACUAUAAAACAACCGAUUUGUAUUACCUGACAAGUGAUAAAUGUUAACUGAGUAUUGUAAAAGUCUUAGCUGUAGUGUUGCUCAAUGUUCCUCCAAAUGUAUUGUAAAUGUAAAGCAAAAUCCUCCAAAA